UCAUUCUCCAUUCUUGCUGGUGUAGCAGCGCAGUCUGACCACGAAAAUUGUCUGCGGAGCACUCAUUCUCGGAUCGAACGAACAAAAGUAGUUAUUCGCGAUGGCUUUCGGUGACUAUCCGGCGGAGUACAAUCCGAAGGUACAUGGACCCUACGAUCCGGCCCGUUACUACGGAAAACCGGACACUCCUAUCGGACAAGUUAAGUUGAACGAGUUAGGCGCUUGGUUCGGCCGUCGGGAUAAAAAUCCGCGAGCCAUGGCUGGUGCCAUAAGCCGUUCGUUCUGGAGAUGGCAACACAAGUACUGGCAGCCAAAGCGGAUGGGAAUCGCUCCGUUCUUCCAGGUGAUUGUUGGUGGGAUGGUGUUUUUCUACACCAUUAACUAUGGUAAACUGAAGCACCACAGGAACUACAAGUACCACUAAAGGAUGGAACGGGAGCUCGGAACAGGAAACAGUUAUGUAAGAUCAGACACUGGACAGUUCUGCCGGAGGAAUAAGUACUGUUUCCGAGGAAAUGUGUAGGCAUUAAUUACUGGGAAACAAUCGAAUUGGUAGGUUCUCAGUAGUUUUAUUCAAAAAAACGAAUUAUGUAAUUGAAAAAAUAAACGUGUAGAGGCACUGAAAA